CCAAAAGUUACGACCAAUGGGAGAGCUAGCGACGUAAGGCACUCUGGCGGCGAGUUAAGAAGCACUCUCCUCCCCCAUCUUAUCUUGCAUUUCGUCGGCCUCUUUACCUUCGUAGUUGCAUAGGUUCUGAAAACUCGAAAAAAUGGCAUAUUUGUUAUCACGUGUGGCUGCUACCGUAGCCAAAGAAAUCUCAACAUCUUCACACCAAUUAACCAACCUAUCAUGGCCAGUCUCCCAACUUGCUCAACGCAAAUUACAUGUAUCAUGCUCUCAACGAGCCGCCGAAAUUUCCUCCAUCCUCGAAGAGAGGAUCUUGGGAGCUGCACCCAAGGCCAACCUUGAAGAAACUGGCCGUGUAUUGAGCAUUGGUGAUGGUAUUGCCCGUGUCUACGGUCUGAAGAACAUUCAAGCCGACGAGAUGGUGGAAUUCUCCUCUGGUCUUAAGGGUAUGGCCCUGAACUUGGAACCUGACAACGUUGGUGUUGUCGUAUUUGGUAAUGACAAGCUUAUCAAGGAAGGAGACAUCGUCAAGCGAACUGGAGCUAUCGUAGAUGUUCCUGUUGGUGACGACAUCUUGGGACGUGUUGUUGAUGCCUUGGGUAACCCCAUUGAUGGCAAAGGUGCACUUUCAGGCAAGCAAAGGUUCCGAGUUGGUAUCAAGGCCCCUGGUAUCAUCCCCCGAGUAUCCGUCAGAGAACCUAUGCAAACUGGUAUCAAGGCUGUAGACUCACUGGUACCAAUUGGUCGUGGUCAGCGUGAGUUGAUCAUUGGUGACAGACAGACUGGUAAAACUGCCCUAGCCAUUGACACCAUCAUCAACCAAAAGAGAUUCAAUGAUGGAACAGAUGAAAAGAAGAAACUGUACUGUAUUUACGUUGCUGUUGGACAAAAGAGGUCAACUGUCGCCCAGAUUGUGAAGCGAUUGACUGACUCAGGUGCCAUGGACUACACCAUCAUUGUCUCUGCCACCGCCUCUGAUGCUGCUCCUCUGCAGUACCUCGCCCCUUACUCAGGUUGCGCCAUGGGAGAAUACUUCCGUGACAAUGGCAAACACGCUUUGAUCAUCUUUGAUGAUUUGUCAAAACAAGCUGUAGCCUACCGUCAAAUGUCUCUGUUGCUGCGUCGUCCCCCUGGUCGUGAGGCCUACCCUGGUGAUGUCUUCUACCUUCACUCACGUCUGCUUGAGCGUGCUGCCAAAAUGAACGAGUCCCUCGGAGGUGGUUCCCUCACUGCGUUGCCAGUCAUUGAGACCCAGGCUGGUGAUGUGUCCGCUUACAUUCCAACCAACGUUAUCUCCAUCACUGACGGUCAGAUCUUCUUGGAAACUGAAUUGUUCUACAAAGGUAUCCGACCAGCCAUCAACGUCGGUUUGUCUGUAUCUCGAGUAGGAUCUGCUGCCCAAACCAAGGCCAUGAAACAGGUGGCCGGUUCCAUGAAAUUAGAGUUGGCUCAAUACCGUGAAGUCGCUGCCUUUGCCCAGUUCGGUUCUGACUUGGAUGCUGCCACCCAGCAACUGUUGAACCGAGGUGUCCGAUUGACUGAACUUUUGAAACAAGGCCAAUAUGUACCCAUGGCCAUUGAAGAUCAAGUAGCUGUUAUCUACUGUGGUGUACGAGGAUACUUGGACAAAUUAGACCCUGCCAAGAUCACCCAGUUCGAAAAGGAAUUCUUGCAACACAUUAGGACAAACGAGAAGGCUCUUCUUGAAACGAUCGCAAAAGAAAACACGAUCAGCGAGGCCACCGACGCCAAAUUGAAGUCUGUUGUAACGAACUUCCUUGCUGGUUUCAAUGCCUAAAUUUCUUGUUGAUACUUGUAAAUUAUUUAUAGUUCUUUUUUAAAUUUUAAACCUGUCCUGAACUCGCAAGUUGUUAAUAUUAUCAGUGAUCGUUCCAACUACUCUGUAAAAUAAACUGCAUUUGUUCUGAAUCAUUUUAGAAUCCACUUGGAAAGGAAGUAAGCCUCAUGUUGCUGUAAUUUAAUUGUAUGCUGUAAUAAUUUCUGUGAAAUUACUUGCAAGCUCACUCCGUACCCUCUCACUCAAUUUUUUUUUUUUUUUAAAACCAAGGCAUUAUUGAUUGUUCCAACUGUUAGCAACGUUAUCGUAAUUAUUAAGAUUUGUACCGAAUUCGAAUAAAUGAAUGAGUCGUUUUAAGUUUGUA